UUCUGCACGCUCCCCCAUGGGAGACAGAAGACGACAGCUGUGAUCCUGGGCAUGGACCUACCGCAAUGGAGGUAGAAGCGGUUCGCGGAAAGAACGCAUCCCUCGAGUCCGUCCUGAAGCAAAUGCGCGAUGUGGCGGAGCGUAAAAAGGAGCUGGAGCGUCAGCAGCGGGAGGUGCAGGACCGGCUGAAGGAGAGGGAGGCAGCCCUGCUGCAGUCCUCGGCCGGGGACCGACAGGCCAGCGCAGACGCCGUGCAGGCGCUAAAGAGCACGCUCCGGGAACUGGAGAAGAAGGCAGAAGUGCAGUCGCUGCGCCAUGAAGAGCUCGUGCUGGAAAUGGCCGCCAUCAAGAAACAGAGCAAGACGAAGAACUGGAUAGACGCCAGUCCCGAGGGCACCGUCACACCAGACUCGUUCCUGCUGUUCAACGGCAGCACGGCACGCUCCAGCCCGCUGGGAACGGCCGUCACCCCCGCCAGUCUGGAGGGGCUCAACGACCCCCCGCCGGCCGCCGAGUGGACCGGUCGGCCGAGCGACAUCCAGCUGACGGCGCCGCCCUCCAGCCGCUCGCCGGCCUGCUCCGUCGCAACCACCAUAGACCUCGACGGCAUCAUGGCCAAAAUCGAGAACGACAACAAGAUACUGGCCGAGCUCGACAAAAACCGCUCCAACAUCGGCCUGAGCACCAGUUCUUCAAUAGCUGCCACUAGCAAAUUCAACUCCACGAUUCCGACGACUUUCUCGACCUCGCGGGGAGUGUCUAUCGGCGGAGCCAGGCCGUUGAACCGUGUGGGGACGACUCUGGGCCAAGUGACGGGUCAGCUGACAGCCAGCCACCCCUCCGCCAUCCCCAGUCAGCCGGGGCUGAGCAGCCAGCCGGGACUGAGCAGUCAGCCCGGACCGGCCGGUCAGUCCGGGGUGCACAACCACUCCGGGCUCCACCAGCCGGGCGCUCUCAGUCAGGCCGGCCUGGCCGCCCCGACAGUGCUGUCUGGGCAGCCGGGAGUGCUCCCCGCCGCGCCGGCGGUCCCCACGCAGUCUGUGCUGCUGAACAGUGUCGGAGUGCCGGGUCACAGCGGAGUGACGGCCGCCGGCGGACCGCUGCUGGGCGGCCACUCGGUGCUGCCGGCUCUCCCCGCCGUCAGUCAGCCCCCGCUGCUCAGCCAGCCGGCGCUGCUGCGGACACACAUCAGCCAGCAGCCCAGCCUGCUGACGGCGCACAUCAGCCGGCCGCUGACGUCCGCCGCGCCAGCGACCGGCACCCUGCUCCAGGGGCGGCCCGGAGCCGGGCUGUCGGCGCUCCACCCGACCGGUCGACUGGACGGCGUAAACGGCGCACCGACCGCCACUCUGCUGGGCACAAACGCGGCGCACCUGGCUGCCAGCGCGGCAACCGUGGCGCAGCACCCAGCCGCGCUGCCGACGUCCAUCAUCGAUGUGCUGGAGGUGCCGGGCAAGGGCAAAUGUCAGGUGCACGUGGCCAGGUUCUCCUACGACCCGUUCCAGCACUCGCCGAACGAGGCGCCCGAGCUGGAGCUGCGCCUCAAGGCCGGCGACGCCGUACUCGUCUGGGGCAGUAUGGACGAGGACGGUUUCCUGGACGGGGAGACGCUGGACGGCCGGCGCGGCCUAGUGCCCUCCAACUACGUCACCAAACUGGUGGGCGCCGACCUGCUGGCCUUCCACCGCCGGCUCACAGAGCAGCUGGCCGGCAGGACGGCCGCCGACGCCGCCAGCAGCGCCAAACGCGCCGCAGCAGCGCUCAGGAGGGCCGAGGAGCGCGGCGGCGAGGAGGCGGCGCUGCGACACCGGCUGGCUCAGAGGCGCCAGUCGGACCACGGCCGCCGGUCGGCGCGCGCCGUCCCAGAGCUGAGGAGGGCCCAGUCGUUCCGCUACGAGCGCGCCUCGGACGGCCCGCUGGCCUCCGCCGCCGAUGACUCGCGGGUGGGCGGACAGCCGCACGUCGGCUUCGACCUUGACCCGGGCGUGCUGAGUGACGAGGCGGAGCGCGACUUCCGCGUGGACCCGACACUGCCGGCUGUGCCGGCGCCCCGUCAGCUGACGCUGGAGCGGCAGCUGCACAAGUCCGUGCUGCUCGGAUGGACCCCGGCCGACUCCGGGUCAGGAGGGUCCGGAGAGGUCAUCGAAUGCUACCACGUGUUCGUGGACGGCCUGCUGCGGUGCACGGUCAGCGCCGGCGAACAGUGCCGCGCCCUCCUCGAGGGCGUCGACCUGACCCGGCGGCACCGUCUGACGGUGCGCUCCGUCACGCCGGACGGGCGCACCUCGGCGGCAGCCGCAUGCACGCUGGUCAUCGGCCGUGACGUGGCGCCGGCGCCGACGGCCGUGCGCGCCACGCACGUCACGGCCACGUCGGCCAUCAUCGGCUGGCUGCCCAGCAACAGCAACUGCCACCACACGGUGUGCGUGAACCGGGUGGAGGUGCGCACCGUGGCGCCGGGCGUGCACCGGCACACCAUCACAGGUCUGUCACCGAACACGGUGUACCGUGUGACGGUGAAGGUGAAGAACAUGGUGCCCCACCACCUGAGUAACGGCGACAUCAACUACAGGCAGCGACUGGAGACGCACAUCGAGUUCAGGACGCUGGCCAAAGGUGUUCCGGAGCCUCCGGUCGGAGUCCAGGUCGAGAUGGGCCCCCAGGAGGGCUGCAUUCUGGUCACCUGGCUGCCAGUGACCAUCAGUGCCAGCUCGGGCACCAGUAACGGCCUGCCCGUUACCGGGUACGCCGUGUACGCCGACGGACAAAAGGUCACCGAGCUCAACUCGCCCACAGGUGAUCACGCCGUCGUUGAUCUGAAGAUCAUUCGAGGCUUCCAGCCGCGUCAGGUGACGGUGCGCACCAAGUCACGUGACCUGGUGUCAGCUGACUCGGUGCCGUGUCUCAUCCCACAUGCAGCCAACGGAAGGGUGCCCGGUGCCAGUACCCUGAGGAGUCGCUCCUUGGACCGGGACAUCAUACCGCCCCUGGGUCAAUCGACCGGCCAGCGUCAGCAAAGGGUACUCGAUACGGAGAACGACUUCAGCGACAGGGAGGCAGAGUUCGACAAGUUCGCCUCCUACAAAGGUUACGGUGACGAUCUCAGCAGUCGACACCACACGUUCAACGGGCCGGGCGGGCGGGACCACCAUUACGACAUCCACGCCCCGUGGAGUGACGAGCGGCGCUCGGCGGGGGUGCUACGGACCCCGGCGGGACCGGCCUCCCACCAGCACGGCCCGACCCACCACCGGGCCGAGCCCGGCCCGGAGACCGGCUACGGCCGCGACGGGCGGCUCCGGUCCAACGGCACAGCAGGUCCCCUGCGGAGCGGCGGCGGCGCGGAGCGACACGCCGCCCCCCGGGAGCAGCGGAUGCGGGUGUUCGUGGCCCUGUUCGACUACGACCCGGUCAACAUGUCGCCCAACGUGGACAGCCACCACGACGAGCUGGCUUUCCGAGAGGGCCAGCUCAUCAAGGUGUACGGUGACAAGGACGCUGACGGCUUCUACUGGGGCGAGGCGUCCGGCCGGGCCGGUUACGUGCCCUGUAACAUGGUGACCGAGGUGCAGCUGGGUGAGGAGAGGACCGCCGCCGCGUCCCACGGACACCACCCGACCAGGGACGAGGACGCGUACGGAUAUCGUCAGUCAGGAUCUCGUCCUCCCCGGGUCCCUCCGAGGCAAUGGGACGACCGAAGGGAGCAAGGAAGAAACUGGGACGAUAGGAGGGACCAGGGAAGAAACUGGGACGAUAGGAGAGAUCAAGGAAGAAAUUGGGACGAUCGCAGAGAACAGGGAAGAAAUUGGGACGAUCGCAGAGACCAAGGAAGAAACUGGGACGACCGCAGAGAUCAGAGCAGGAGCUGGGACGACCGGAGGGAGGGCGGCCGCCACUACGACGACAGAAGGGAGGCGGGUCGGCACUGGGACGACCGCCGGGAGUCGGCUCACCCCCGUCACUGGGACGAGGGCCGAGGGGGCGGCGAGGCGCGCCACUGGGACGGCCCACCGUCGGGCGCCGCGGCCGUCCGCCAGCGCAGGUCAUGGGACGACGGAGCCACUCCGUCCGGACCCGUGCGCCGCAUGGUGGCGCUCUACGACUACGACCCGCGCCACCUGUCACCCAAUGUGGACGCGGAGAUGGAGCUGUCGUUUUGCACGGGGGACAUCAUCCAGGUGUACGGCGACAUGGACGAUGACGGCUUCUACAUCGGCGAGAUCGGAGGCGUGCGGGGACUGGUGCCCUCCAAUUUCCUCACCGACGCUCCGCCGCAGGGUCCGGGCCAGGAUCGUCGGGCGGUCUCGGGCGGGGCCUCACCGGGUCCCGGCCAGCUGGGUCCGCCCCUGCCUCCCAGGCACAGAGGCGACUCCAGGGACCGCCGGAAAGAUGACGGCAGCUCCGGAGCCAGAGGUCAGGACGCCGACAGUCGCCAGCCACGCCGCUGGUAGUUGACAGACUCAAUGUCCGUUCAACCCUCGCCGUUCUAAGCGACGAGGACUUGUGCGACUACCGCGCUGACGCCGGAGAUCGAGCGGCGCACACCGCAGCAGCCCGUGCUGGGUGGGCGCUACUUCAGAGCCAGCUCACUGGGCUCUGCGGGACCGGAGGGGGACGAGCGGGGAUGACGGUGGUCGGGUGCCGGUCAGUGGUGACGGGAGGGGGGCCAGCAGUGGUGAUCACCAGACCCAACACCAGGGGCACCACUGGUGAUACCAACGGUGGCUGGGUGAGGUUCUGCACUGACGGGAACGAAUCAGGCGCCGUCACAUUUACAUAAAACGGUCAUCGGUCAGGGUGCCAAGGACUGGCGUAGCAAUUAACCAUCGAAUCCAGAAAUGAGUGAAAGUGGGUUAGAAGACGCUGGAAUGGAGCGAUGACGUGACGUUGAUGAUUCUGUAUAUUACAGCGCAGUGCGUGGACGAGUGGAGCUGAAUGCAUUAUAGCGGGUACGGCCACUUUCGAUAUUGUGCAUAUUUUUGUCAUUUAUUGCCUUCUCUUUAAUGUUGUCAUCUCAUCGCCAUUUUGUCAUUGAGUGCACGGUUAUAUGGCUGGUACGCCAUAGCGCGACGUUCGACUGUUUCCCGUUACCGGCCGUUAUAGCCGACACUUCUGACGGCUCAGCAGCUCCCCUGUGAUCAGCUGUCAGCAGUCAGCACAGCUCAGCUGUCAGCGCAGCUCAGCACUCAGCAUCCUCAGCUGUGGAGCUCAGACGCUGCGCCCGGACCGCGCUAUUUCCCCGUCAGGGACAAUCGCUCAUUCUCAGAGGUGGUCCCUCGCCGGGCACUGGGUCCCGAUCGGGCGACAGGCGUCCUCCCGGCCGCUGCCGGUCCGCCGCUGGGACAGUACAGGGUACAUCUGGGUGUCACUCGCCUCUCGUGUGGCCGGGGAGCUCCUGCACCCCCGGCGCGGGCCAUCUUUUCUCUCUCUGGACACUCGCUCCGACAGAGCACUCCUGCGGCGGUCAGCGCGCGCUCCGUUUGCCGGUACCGUUCGUGCCAAGCGCCGCUCCCAGCCAGGGGUGCUCUGCGUUCACCGAGGGUGGUUUUGUGAUAAUGGCUGGUGAUCAGUCGGUGCCGCCGCGGCCCCGGCCGCCUGCAGCUCCCUGGUGCUCAGUCAGUUUGUUUCUCGACGUGUCAGUCAUUUGGGCAGUGUGCGUGGUUGAAGGCCCGUCGAUAUUGUUACUCCUUUAUUUGUGUGUAAUGCGUCAAAAAUAUAAUACAAUGGUGGACGAGUUUGAUAGCUUACCCUGGC